UAUUUAUAGGCAACCCGGCAUAAGCUCUGGAAUGUUAGAAAUUGAAGUGCUGAAACUGGUAGAUAGUAGACGUUGGUAUUUAUUUUAGUAAAUGGGGGAAGUGCAUAGUGACACUCGGCGUCGCCCGAGGAGCUCAUACUCAUGAGUUUGACUGAAGUCUUUGGAACAAAAAUAAAUUAUCACUGCGAUGAUAUUAACACUAUUGCUUAUUUUAGCUUUGAAUAACCUAAUGCAAUCUUUGUUUCAUUAAAUAAUGGAGAAGUAUGAGAAAAUAAGGGUAGUAGGACGUGGAGCCUAUGGAACUGUACAUUUAUGUAUCCGCCUGAGUGACCGGAAGCAAGUAAUUAUCAAGCAAAUCCCUGUAGAACAAAUGACAAAAGAUGAACGACAGGCUGCUCUAAAUGAAGUGAAAGUGCUCUCUAUGCUUCAUCAUCCAAACAUUAUUCAAUACUAUGAGAACUUUUUGGAGGACAAGGCUCUUAUGAUUGUUAUGGAGUAUGCACAAGGGGGCACUCUACUCGACUUUUUACAGAGCAGAAAUGGCUGUCUUUUGGAAGAAGAGGAUAUCCUGAAGUUUCUGGCACAGAUGCUCCUCUCAUUACAACAUGUCCACUCUAAGCAAAUUUUGCAUCGUGAUCUUAAAACCCAAAAUAUACUGCUGGACAAAAAGAAGGAAAUUGUCAAGAUAGGAGAUUUUGGAAUAUCAAAAGUUUUGAGCAGUAAGAGCAAAGCGUACACAGUUGUUGGAACACCUUGCUACAUUUCACCCGAGCUUUGUGAGGGCAAACCAUAUAACCAAAAGAGUGAUAUUUGGGCCCUUGGUUGUGUUUUGUAUGAGCUUGCAACAUUAAAAAGAGCAUUUGAAGCUGCAAAUCUGCCAGCGCUUAUAUUAAAAAUCAUGAGAGGGACCUUCUCACCCAUCUCCUCCCAUUAUAGCCCCCAACUACAAGAUCUGAUCCGUAGAAUGCUACACUUAGACCCAACAAAGAGACCAACCAUCAAUCAAAUCAUGGCUCAACCUAUUCUCAUCAACACCAUAAUGAACUUGCACACUGAUAUGGGCAAGGUACCAUCUGUAAGAAUCAACCGGCCGUUGUCAAGUAUGCAAGGCACAGGAAGGCAAAGAAUGUCUCUUAGAGGAAACACAACAGCAAGAGAUGGGAUAUCCUCUAAACCCCAGCCCCUCAGUUCAGUGUUCUGUUGGGGAGGAGGUAUUCUCAGCCCAUCUAAGCUUCCUCUCCCAAACAACGAGACUCAAGUGGUCCAAGUGUCUAUAGGGAGAACACAGAGAGCAGCAGUCACCAAAAAUGGUCGUCUCUUUGUGUGGGAGUCUCAGGCUGUUGGAACAGAGAGCCUCAUCCCAGGGGCCACUGAGGGGGUCGCUCCUAUGUUUGUGCCUCGCUACCUGGAGGGUCAAGCAGCUGUGACCAUACAGCACGUGGCAUGUGGAGACCUUUUCACUGCUUGCCUUACAGAUCGUGGCAUCUUGAUGACUUUUGGCAGUGGGGUCAACGGAUGUCUUGGUCAUGGCAACUGUAGUGAUGUUACUCAGGCAAAAAUUGUUGAAGCUUUGUUAGGUUAUGAAGUGACUCAAGUAUCUUGUGGAGCAUCUCACGUUUUGGCAGUGACGAAUGAACAUGAGGUCUUCGCUUGGGGAAGAGGAGACAAUGGCCGACUGGGUUUGGGCAGCUACGAGUCUACGGCCUCACCGAAGCCAGUACCCGUGGGACAAAACGUGCACCCAUGCUCUGUCCACUGCGGCAUGGACUGUUCUGUCAUCCUUACUUUAGAAAACUCCCUGCUUUGCUCAGGGAGUAACAGGUACAACAAACUUGCACUAGAUACCAUAACAGCUGACGGUUACACUGAACAGAUGGUGGAAGAGGUCUUGACUUUCACCCCAGUCCAGUCUGCACCACUCAACAGUCUGGCCGUUAAAAUGGUGGCACAGGGAACCUCACACUCAGCUCUCAUCACUGAGGACGGAGAGUGUUACACAUUUGGAUCCAAUCAGUUCGGUCAGCUGGGCUGUGAUUGUGACCCUGGCAACCGAAGGCCUGUAUUGGUGGCGUCAAUAAAACACCACUCCAUUGCCAUGCUUUCUUGUGGGGAUAUCUUCACUGUGGCUGUGUCUACUGAUAAUGAAGUGUUCACUUGGGGCAAAUCUUCUCGUGGACGCUUGGGUCGCCCUGAUGAAGACAGUCAUUUGCCUAAAGUGGUGGCACUGCCCAAAGACGAGCCUUUCACUGUCAACUCUCUCUCCAGCAGUCACGGUAGCACCCUGAUAGCUACCAAACCUUCUCAAAGAUCCCCGAGCCCUUAGUGACAAGUCCAAGUUCCUUACUCAAGACAGAUCUGACUAAAGACUUAAUUAUUGUGCAAUAAAAUGUUACUGAUAGACAUUAAACAUUACUGAGCAAGCCAGUUGCCUCUUCUGGGGGUAAUUUUAUCAAAGUAGCAAAGCAUACUUUUGCUGCAAUCUUUCAAAUUCUUCCUGGUGCUACACUUGUUGUUAUAUACACAUUAGAUGUUACAAAAUAUUAUUUCUUCAUUAUUCCGUCCAGCUUAAAUAGUUUAUCAUUUUACUAUACCGUUUUGUUAAUGUUUCAGUGUAUGAAAUACAGUGGAGUCCACCUUAACCAAAAUCUGUGGGACCGCUGGAUUUUCUACAGUUUAGCCAGGUAUUCAGUUUAGAGAAGUUGCUGAAAUAGAAGAAAAAAUCAGGGAUUUUACUUUCUUUUGGUUUGUUGCUGUGUUUGGAUUAACAGUGUUUGGUUGAAGCGGACUCCACUGUUAGUUCUUUUGCAUGUUUAAAAGUGAGAACAUAAUGUCUAUUUUCACCAGCUGUAAAUCACUAUAAAAUGGUUGAGUGUGGCUGAGGUGUUGGCACAGUAUAAAGCUUUGCAGUUUUUUAGCUUCCCUUGCCAUGUUAACUUAAGGGAAGACCCGGGUCGGCGAUCUAAGGCAAUAUCGAUACAAUUUUUCAAACUAUCCAACUUUUGUUUUUUG